GAUCUUGAUUCGAUAUAAAUCUCGAAAUUACGACUACUAGAUUGAUUCUCUCAAAUAUUAAAUUCUGAAGUUUUGACACGGUUACUACCACUCAUCAAUCUUCAAGCCCACCAGCCUUGAAUCCUACCUCUACCCUCAUCACCCACAUCAUCCACCCAAGAUGGAUUACCAAAACCGCGCCGGCAGUAAAUUCGGUGGUGGUGGUGUCGCUUCCACCAGUGCAACCAAUGCCGACCGCCGUGAGCGUCUCCGCAAACUCGCUCUCGAGACUAUCGAUUUAGACAAAGACCCCUACUUCUUCAAGAACCACGUCGGCUCUUUCGAAUGUCGACUCUGUCUCACCGUGCAUCAAAAUGAUGGUUCCUAUCUUGCGCAUACCCAGGGGCGCAAGCAUCAAACCAAUCUCGCACGACGUGCUGCACGCGAGGAAAAGGAAGGCCGGUCGGGGAUCGAUCCUAUCACCGGUUUACCUGUCGGAAUGGUAGGAGCGCAAGUCAGUGUUCGCAAGAAUAUGGUGAAGAUUGGACGGCCUGGCUAUAAGAUUACGAAGACGCGGGAUCCGGUUACAAGACAGCAGGGAUUGUUGUUUCAGUUGCAGUAUCCCGAGAUAGUGUCGGAUGUGCAACCGCGGGUCCGGUUCAUGAGUGCUUUCGAGCAGAAGGUGGAGGAUCCAGACAAGGAUUUCCAGUAUAUGUUAGUAGCGGCAGAACCUUAUGAGACGUGCGGGUUCAAGUUGCAAGCAAGGGAGAUUGAUCGCUCGAAUGAAAGGUAUUGGACUUGGUGGGAUUCGGAUUUGAAGGAAUUUUGGGUCCAGAUCAUGUUCAAAACGGAGAGAGAGGAGAGAUACAGUGGCGUGCCGGGUUUGGCUCCUGUCAGAUAAAACGAGAGGGCAUUAUUGCAUGGAGUUCGUGGGAGUUAGUAAUGGCUAAAUUGUACUAUAAUAUGAGAUCA